GAGCUGCAACAAAACACGGAACAACGUCACAGUAGCUUAGCUUAGCCCUACGACCUACGCAUCCAUAACAACGUAUUCACCGCUGGUAAACAGUACGAAUAGACCCAGCAUUAGAAACAGCGUGAGUUCGACAGCACAAUGUUCAGUCAGUACGAGCCGCUGCGUCAGGGAGACUCCGGGACGACUCCGGGUCUGUUCGUGCACAGAGACACGCAGCGCAGCUCCCACAGAGGACUGUCAUACGACUACAUCCCCAAUGUGUCUGAAAACGACUUCACCGAUAACUCCCAAGGAUGGAUCUCCUGGACUUGCAACAUGAUUGUCAUCUUUCUCAUCUACAUCGGCACCUUUGUGACCUUCCCUAUCACAGGAUGGUUUGUACUGAAAACGGUGUCUAACUACCAGAGGAUGGUAGUGUUUCGUCUGGGGCGAGUUUGUCCUCCGAAGGGCCCUGGGAUUGUCCUCGUGCUGCCUCUCAUUGACCAGUGGCAGAAAGUUGACCUGCGUACCCGUGCUUUCAACAUCCCUCCUUGCCAGGUUGCCACUCAAGAUGACGGUUUGUUGUCAGUGGGAGCAGACAUCCAGUUCAGGAUCUGGAACCCUGUCCUGUCAGUCGUAUCAGUCCAGGACCUGAAUGCCUCGACCAGGAUGACGGCGCAGAACGCUCUGACCCAAAGCCUGGCCAAGAAGACUGUGCGGGAGAUCCAGACCCAGAGGCUUAAACUGGGAGAAUAUCUUGGGAUGGACAUUAAUGAGAUGACUCAGCCCUGGGGGUUGGAGGUGGACAGGGUAGAGCUUACUAUAGGCUCUCUCCUGAAAGCCCCAGAAGAAUACCCCUCUGGAUCUGGAUCCCUCAUCCUUCCUCCAUCUGUGCCUGGACUGGAAGGCCUCACUGGCCCCAUCCAGCAGUUGGCCAUGCACUUUCUGAACCGUACUGGGAGUUCACAUCCUCAACAAGAAGACUGCAUUACAUUUACAGAUGAGCUCAGCAAUGUCCCUGAGAAUGCUGUGUCCACUUCAAGUUGUGUCGAAGAGCUGCUCAGCCAGGUAAAGCCCCAUCUCUCUGAAGCUUUGGUUUGCCGAGUUGGGGCCUGCUUCCAGUUUGACAUCAGCUCAGGAGAUGGACACCAUCGGACUUACUUUGUGGAUUUAAGCCAAGGCAGUGGUGCAGUUGGAGCAGGGUCCUUGUGCCGAGAGCCAGAUGUGACACUGAGUAUGAGCGACAGAGACCUUUUGGCCAUGUUCCACGGCGAACUCCGACCAUAUGCUGCAUACACCAGUGGCAGACUUAAAAUCCAGGGAGACAUUUCGACAGCCAUGAAGCUCGAGGAACUCAUAGGUCUACUUAAGAAUCAGAGAUCUUAGCAAAGCUUGAAUGAAAAUAGAUGUUUUUCAUGUGUGCACUGAUUAUAUUUGUUUUAAAGUGAAUUUCUGUGACGGCCUUGUCUUCCUUUACAAAUCAAAGCAAAUGCUUGUUUACGGAAACAACACAUUUUUGAAGGUCUUCAGCAAAUUUUUCUGUUGGAAUAGUCACAACACUGGGCAAAAAAAAAAAUGAAGAAAAAAAUCCUGUGCUUUUAUUUUGAAGGGGAUUAUUAUGCAGCGGAGUGCCUUCUAUUCCCACUCCUUACUUAAGUUACUUAAGUACUUACUUAGGUUACUGAAUUGUUAUGUAUGUUGUAUUACCUUGUGUCCUUAAAAUGCACUUUUUGGUUUUUAAUUAAAAUGCAGCUAAUUGAGUGUUGAAUUUUUUUUUUGUGUUGACAUAGUCAUACUGUGAUAUUCUGUACUAUCUCAGUUUCAAA